AUGGAAGCAGAAGGGAGGGGUGAACAGGGUAAGCAGAAGAAGGGGCGACGUUGGAGCAGCCUCUGGCCCGAGGGCCACCCCGGUGCCGAGCCUCUGACCUCCACGGUGGAUGUGAGCCCUCGGCCCUCCAGGAACCUCUCCGGGCUAGGGGUGCGGAGACCACGGCUUUCCCCGCAAGGCGCGCAGAGGGGUCGCCCGCACUCCCGGCGCCGCCACCGAACCACCUUCAGCCCAGCGCAGCUGGAGCAGCUGGAAGAAGCCUUUGGGAGGAAUCAGUACCCCGACAUCUGGGCCCGAGAGGGCCUUGCCCGGGAUACAGGCCUCAGCGAGGCCAGAAUCCAGGUCUGGUUCCAGAACCGCAGAGCUAAGCAGAGGAAGCAAGAGCGGUCGCUGCUCCAGCCACUGGCCCAGCUGUCUCCUGCCACCUUCUCUGGUUUCUUGCCCGAGUCCCCUGCCUGCCCCUACUCCUACCCAACAGCACCUGCACCCAUGACCUGCUUCCCUCACCCCUACAAUCAUGCCCUUCCCUCUCAGCCCUCCACAGGUGGUUCCUUUGCUCGGCCCCACCAGUCCGAAGACUGGUACCCCACCUUGCACCCAACCCCCACUGGUCAUCUGCCCUGCCCCCCACCCCCAACCAUGCUUCCCCUUAGCCUUGAGCCACCAAAGUCCUGGAACUAAGGUUGAACAGGAGCUGAUAAGGUAAUCUCCCAACCCAGGGACCUGGUGAAACUCAGAGAAAGCUGGGUGGCUUCCCUUCCUUCUAAGGAUCAAGUCGAAAUUUGGUGAGGGGAAGCUCAGGAUCAAAUUUAAAAAUGGGAGAUCUGAGGAAGGCAUACUGAGGUGAUUAGUUGAGGGAAUUUGAGGAAGUGAACCUACUAGAAGAUACAGAUGAAAUGCUCAGUGGAGGUGACCAGGGGGAAGGGUGGUAUUGAUGAUGGAAGAAUUGUUGCCACUGGCG